AUGUCGUCGGCUGUGACGGCGCCACCAGCGCUGUCAGAAAAGCCUUGUUCGGAGGGGAGUGAGUGGCCUGGACAACCUUUUGACUGUCAUCUUUUAGUCCAGAAUGUUUGGUACGACGGAUUCGAGAGGCAUGGCUGGGAUGGAGGCAAUCAUAUCGCCGACCCCGAGGUUUGGGGUCUUGUGGUCAAACGUGGGAAGGGAGAUCUCUGGCGCGUGACCUAUGGAGACAAAAGCGGCCUCGCCGGCGACGAGUAUCUUCAGCAACGGGCGACAGCCUUCAAGAAGAUCCUACCUGAGAGUCCGGACCCCGGAAUUGCGGGGUCACUCAGACCGAUCAAUUCGCACCCACAACCGUUGUGUCGACCAAAUGAGAGUGGUGCUGCUCAUGCGUGUAACCUAUUCGGCGGCCUUGGCUGUAUGACCGCGGUCGUCGACGUUGGCGCUCUAGCAGACCGUCUGAUGGGCAUGUACCAAGGUCAGGCUGACCAAGACGACCUGGAUGUGUACGCCAACGUUCGGCGAGACAAGAUCCUGAAAUACGUCGAUGCCUGA